AGGCGCUGUGCAUAUUUGUAUGUGGCGCCCUCGGUGGCAGUUUUUAGCAAAAUCGUUAGUAAAAUAAACCGGAUUUACUUUGCCGUAGCAGUUGAAAGGUGAUAAAGUGGUGUUAAUAUUUCUGUUAUUUUCGACGAUAUUGAACGUUGGAAUUCAUUAAAUUCUUCGAUAACGUAGAAAUAAUAUUGAAAAUGAAUUCUCAAGGUCCGGAAGUACCAUUUACUGCAAGGAAUUCUCGAAUUCAGUGCUGUGUAGUUGGCUGUCACAAUGGAUAUUAUAAUACAGACAAUUCAAUAAAGUUUUAUAGUUUUCCGAAAAAGUGGUUCGAGAAAGAAAGGAGGCAGAUAUGGAUCAACAGUGUGAGAAGAGUUAGUGCUGGUCCUAGUACUUCGAAAGAAUGGCAACCAAAGGAUUUCCAUAAGAUAUGCAGUGCACAUUUUGUAGGAAAUGUGAAGAGCAAUGAUCCUGAAAGCCCUUCUUAUAACCCAACCAUUUUUCCAGAGGGGUACAGAAAACUGGAUAACUCUGGUGAUAAAAUGGGAAGAUACAAAAGAAAAAUAGCUAGGUCUUCUAAAAAAAAUAUGAAUAAGGAAGACUCAUCUGUUCAAUCUCAAACCAUAUGCGAUGAUGAAUUGAUGGAAGUUGAAGAAGGAACGAAGGAAUUUUCAUGUCAAACUGAUCCAACUGAAUUAGAAGAUGAAAUCUUCUUAUUUGAAAGUAAUUUUAUUGGCCAAGGUGCAGGGGGAAUGUGUGAUGUUUCAACUCAAUGUAACAUUGUUGGUGAUGGUAAAAGAAAAUUAUUUCUACAGAAAGAUGACAAGUGUGUUGGUAAUGAUGAACCCAUUGACUGUAUAGGAUUUCAUGGUAUAAGAUCCUUGAAAACCGACGAGGAUUUAAACUGUCUAGCUGGAGUUUAUUUUGACCGAUUCAAUUUACUUUGCUCACUAUUGAACAACAGUCAUCAUGGAAACUUCAAGCUUAGUAUUGAGAAUAGAUUGUUGCUUUUUUUGAUUAAAAUCAAACUUGGCUUGUCAUUUGUAGCAUUAGGUGCUUUGUUUCAACUACACCAUACUAGUUGCUAUAGAAUUUUCUCUUCACUUUUGGAAGAAUUAGUACAAAAGACAAAAAACUUUAUAUUUUGGCCUUCUCGAGAUGUUGUUGAUAGUACUAUGCCAAAAGCAAUAAAAUUACUAUAUCCAAAGUGUAGAGCAAUUAUUGACUGCACAGAAAUCAAAAUACAACAGCCAAAGGGUGUUGAUCAAAGAAUUCACACCUAUUCUCAAUAUAAAUCCACCUUCACAGCAAAAUUUUUAAUUGCAAUUUCUCCAUCCGGUUUUAUUAGCUUCAUCUCAAAAUGCUAUGGUGGUAGAUCAUCAGAUACUUUCAUCACAAACGAUUGUGGAUUUCUCGAACUUUUAGAACCUAAUGAUGUUAUUUUGGCUGAUAAAGGUUUUCCACACAUUAAAUGCAAGGAAGAUGUGAUUCUUGUUCUGCCCCCAUUUGUACAUGACGGUGUAUUGUCAUUAGAAGAAGUUGAAGAAACUUAUACUAUUGCCAGUGUUAGAAUUCAAGUAGAGAGAUCUAUUCAACGAAUUAAAAUUCAUAAAGUUCUGAGUGAAAUUUCGUAUAAUUUGUUCAAACAUCUUGAUGAUAUUGUACAUAUAUGCUGUGUGUUAACAAAUCUACAACCGCCCACUAUCGCAAAUGGUGAAGAUGAUAUUGUCUAAAGUUUCAUCUUAAGCCCGUUUGCAACAGCCGAGAAUUCUCUAGAGAAUUUACUCGAAAAUUCAUGCGCCGUGAAUUAUUUACCGUUGCAUACGCACUUUCGGUAGAAUUCUCUGUUCAGUUGCAUACAAAAUAAUCUGCCGUUUUCUUGCAAGAAUUUUGUAGAGAAUUCUUGGCUGUUGCAAACGGGCUUAAGUCUUGAGGUAGUGUGAUAAUAAUAAUCUUAGAACAUAGAUACAUAAAAUGGACAUUAACUGCUGCGAAUGAAUAUGGAAAAGGAAAAGAGACUGAAAUGAAACAAGCAAAAUUUUCUUCAAAACUAUAUUUCAAAAUUAGUGUGGCUGAUACUUGAUAAAAAUCCAUAAAUAAAGUAGAAAGUGAAUGACGUGAUAUUCACUAGACUUGUGAAGCAAACUACAUAUGUACAUCCAUCACCUACAAAUUUUACUAAAACUAUCAAUUUUUGCAUUUCCUACAUGCACUAUAAAUUUGUAACACUUGCUCAUAACACUGUAAAUAAAACUUAUGAGCCUAAUUAUAUUGAAUGUGAAUGUGCUCGAUACUUAAUGCAAAUCUAUGAUUAAACUAGAAACUGAGUUACAUGAUUUUUACUAUGCAUGCACAAUUAAAAUCAAGCUAUGUACAUCCAUUUCCCUAGAAAUUUCACUGAAUUAUUCUACAUGUUUUUGCAUUUCCUACAUGCACUGUAAAUUUGUAACACUCUGUAUAUAACAUUUAUGAGCAUUAUUAUUAGUAUAUUGAAUUGAUGUGCCUGAUACUUGAUGAAAAUCAAUAAUUGAAGUAGAAAAUAGAAAUACAUAAUUUUUCACUAAAAUGAGUUAGUUAUUUUAACCAGGCCGAAGGACUUCGGUCGAUGGCCAUUUGUGAAAAGCACAGUGUUAUUUAUUACUUCAACCACCAUAUGGGUAAAGGUA